GAGAUUUCUUGCUACCCAAUCCCCCUUUUCCCCAGGGAGAGCAAGCCUUCCCUGGUCCAUCCCUCCCUCUUGUUUGGUAAUCAUUUCAUUUUACUCCUUUUUGAAGCAGUCGCCUGUUUUAUCCCACUUUUCAUUUCACAAUCCCGUGCGCGUAUGUUCUCCUGCUUCAGAGCAAGUUCGGCAUCUCCCCUCUUUCUUCCCGCGACGAGAAGCUCUUCUUGAUCCCGGCUGAUCGUUCUCCUUUGAGAUGCUUUUCAGUUCUAACACUUGCCUUCUCUCUCUCCACCCUCUUUUUAACUAGAGACCGGUUAAUCUUGAGUGAACUGAACUUGGGUUUGGAAUCUAAAAUAAAGAGGAACACCCAGAGGGAUAACGGCACACUCGUCUUUGGAUAAGGACCCCGCUAUCGCUUUCCCCCUUGCUACACUUCAGGGAAGGUUUUUUCCCUUUCAGUUGGGUUUUGUUAAUCCAGGUGGCCUUGUUCUGAGUGAGCAAGAGGAUUAUUCUCCGCAAGUUGCUGCUGAGCGACAUCCCUGAAGGCUGUUCACAUGUUCUCCAUCCAGGACAGUCUCCCUCGGGGAGCCUUGACCAUGAAAGAGGAACCCCUCACGAGCGGCAUGACUCCGGUCCGCUCGUGGAUGCAGAGCGCGGGGAUUCUAGAUGCCAACACAGCUGCACAAAGUGGUGUGGGUUUGGCCCGGGCCCAUUAUGAAAAGCAGCCCCCCUCCAACCUGCGCAAGUCCAACUUCUUCCACUUUGUGUUGGCGCUGUACGACCGACAGGGCCAGCCCGUGGAGAUCGAGAGGACCUCCUACGUGGACUUUGUGGAGAAAGACAAAGAGUACAAUGGUGAGAAGACUAACAAUGGCAUUCACUACCGGUUACAGCUCCUCUACAGUAAUGGUAUCAGGACAGAGCAAGACUUGUUCGUGCGUUUGAUAGACUCCAUGACAAAACAGCCGAUCAUCUACGAGGGCCAGGACAAAAACCCAGAGAUGUGCCGCGUUCUGCUCACCCACGAGAUCAUGUGCAGUCGGUGUUGUGACAAAAAGAGCUGCGGGAACCGAAACGAGACACCAUCCGACCCCGUCAUCAUCGACAGAUUCUUCUUGAAGUUUUUCCUCAAGUGUAACCAGAACUGUUUGAAAAAUGCGGGCAACCCACGAGACAUGAGGCGGUUUCAGGUGGUGGUGUCUACUACGGUGAAUGUGGAUGGGCAUGUGCUGGCCGUGUCAGACAACAUGUUUGUGCACAACAACUCCAAACAUGGCCGACGGGCCCGUCGCCUGGACCCAUCUGAAGCAGCUACGCCCUGCAUCAAGGCCAUCAGCCCCAGCGAGGGCUGGACCACUGGCGGGGCCACGGUCAUCCUGAUCGGGGACAACUUCUUCGACGGGCUGCAGGUGGUGUUUGGCACCAUGCUGGUCUGGAGCGAGCUCAUCACCCCACAUGCCAUCCGAGUCCAGACCCCCCCCAGACACAUCCCGGGCGUGGUGGAAGUCACCCUGUCCUACAAGUCCAAGCAGUUCUGCAAAGGAGCUCCCGGACGCUUUGUUUACACUGCCUUGAACGAGCCCACUAUUGACUACGGCUUCCAGAGGCUACAGAAGGUCAUCCCGCGUCACCCAGGAGACCCGGAGAGGUUACCAAAGGAGGUCCUGCUGAAGAGGGCAGCAGACCUGGUGGAGGCCCUAUAUGGCAUGCCACACAACAACCAGGAGAUCAUCCUGAAGCGUGCUGCGGACCUGACGGAGGCCCUGUACAGCGUGCCGCGCAGCCACAACCAGCUGCCCUCGCUGGCCGGCUCGGGGGCCCACUCUGGCAUGAUGGGGGUGGGCGUGGGCGUGGGGGUCAACUCCUUCAGCAGCCAGCUGGCCGUCAACAUCUCCGAAGCCUCGCAAGGUGACCAGGGUUACUCGCGUAACUCCAACAGCGUGUCGCCGCGUGGCUACGUUCCCAGCUCUACCCCGCAGCAGUCCAACUACAACACCAUCACCUCCAGCAUGAAUGGCUACGGGGCCGGCAUGACCAACCUGGGGGUGCCCGGAUCACCCAGCUUCCUCAACGGAUCCACCGGGAACUCCCCCUAUGCACUCAAACAGAAGAGUGCCUUCGCCCCCGUCGUGCGGCCACAGACCUCCCCGCCCCCCACCUGCACCAGCACCAACGGGAGCAGCCUACAGGCCAUGACUGGACUGAUAGUUCCUCCCAUGUAAAGGACAGGAGGGCAGGCUGCCCUUUUCAGAGGCUUUUUAUUGUGCCCAAGACAAACUGGCCCGAGACAGCAGCUUAUCAAAUACCAUCAUCCCUCAGAGGAGAGAGAACCCGGCG